AGUACGAUCGAGGUCCAAGAGGGUGAAGAGUAUAAGAAGCUACCGUAGGUAGGAAUAGGAUGAACCCAUGGUUGCACCAGGCGGCGGUGCAGGGGCGCGUGGCAAGCCUGAGGAGGCUGGUGGCCGAGCGCCCCGGCAUCCUUGGUUCCUCCAAGACGCCCCAGGAGAACACCGCGCGGCCGAGCUCGGCCAUGCCGGUUUUGUCGAGGCGGCCCUUGGUGUGGACGGCAAGCUGCUCGUCAGCAGGAACGCCACGCGUGGGCAUGGCCUAUGGAGGCGGCCAGGGCGGGGAAGGUGGACGUUGCGGACCUGCUCAUCGGCCACGCGUGGGCAUGGCCUAUGGAGCAAGCCGCACAGAAUGGACAGACCGCGGAACCUUCCCGGAGCUCCCCUGGCACCGCGCACGGGCCUCUGUUGAUGGCCAACAAGGCCGGCGACACCCCGCUGCACGAGGCGGUGAAGCACGGCAGGAGCGCGGUCGCGCUCAAGCUGGUGGACGCCGAGCCAGGCAGCGGCCACGCGCUCAACGUGAAGCAGCAGACGCCGCUACACAUCGCCGCGCGGGAGGGCCUCUACAAAGUCGUCAUCAAGAUCAACAGCCAGCCCUGGGUCCACGAGAGCUUUGUCCCCUCUGACUCCGUCAGCGGCUCCGCCCUGCACCAGGCCGUCCUCGGCGGCCACGCACGCGUGGUGGAGAUCUUGCUCGACAUGACGCCGCGGGAGCAGAUCGGGCUGACGGACUCGAGCGAGAACAACGCGCUGCACUACGCGGCGCAGAAGAACAACGCCCGCGUGGUGAAGCUGCUGCUCAACCGGAUGGUGGAGCUGGCCUACAAGCGCAACCGUGACCUGCAGUCCCCGCUGCACGUGGCCGCCUACUACGGGUCGACAAAGGCCAUGGCGGAGCUGCUGAAGCAGUGCCCUGACGUGGCGGAGAUGGUGGACAGCAACGGCAGGAACGCGUUGCAUGUCGCCAUCGUCAUCGGCAAAGUGGACGUGCUCCGCUGCCUCCUCAAGCACGUGCGCCCGGACGAGAUUAUCAACAAGGUUGACAACGAUGGCAACACAGCGCUUCAUCUGGCCGCGAAGUUAAAUCGAGCUCCGCUUGGCCUGCUGCUGCUCAAGGACCGCAGGGUGAACCCAUGCCUCCUCAACAGGGAAGGCCGCACCGCACGGAGCAUUACCGAGGAGCAAACACCUGUCGAUAGCUUCACGGUAAUUUACGUUGUCCACUCCACUGAUAUCAGUCACUUCUUUUGCUCUCUAAGGCAACUCUUAAGUUUCUAACUGAUCCCCUAAAAAUAGAGGAAUAAAACGAGGGAGUAAACCUUUGUGGAGUAAAUUUGCUCCACUAAUUUUUUGCCGUUUCUAGCCGACCCCUUAAAUUUAGUGGGGUAAUUUUUUUCCAUUUGCAUCACAUAUUUGCUGACCAAAACAUAUUCUCUUACAUUUUUGUUUCAUUCAGCGACAUUGGAGUACAUAGUUCACCAAUUCUUCGCUACGAGAGCAAGCCCAAAGAAAACAAGAACCAUAAUUAGACAUUUUAGAAUAUAUCCAAUUUCCCUAACUGCUCCACUAGUAGGAUUAAUAUCUUCUCUAUGUCUUCAUUGUUUGAUCUGCGGAUUCUUGAGUUUCGCCACUUUUUUCUUCUUCGAUUCUAAAGAAGUAGACGUUGCUUCACAUCUAAUCUCAUCUCUAAUUUCAUCUCUAGCCUUAGUUCUAGCAAUGAGUGGACGAACAUCUAUCAAUUUUUGUUCUAUCAAUAGUAUUCUUCCUCUCAAUACCAAAACUUGUGUCCAUCCUACACACAUAGAUAAGCAAACAAGCACAUAGAUGAGCUAUCGCGAGCGCAUACCCCAUCAUUUGUGCACUUGAAGAACACCCAUCCGGGUUGUUGCGGCUUGGUAGAAACUCGGCGCACCACCUUCCGCGUGCAGUCAUCGCACUGUAUGAGCGGCUUUGGCGAGCCGGCGAGCCGCUACGCCUGCGCCGGGCCCGGGCGACGGCCUAGCGUGUAUUUGUCGGCGAACCUCCCAUGGGUGAGAUUUGAGUGGCUAGAGGAGGAACCUGUACCUACAUGCGGCCCGGAGGCGUUGCCGUGGCUGUGUGGUCUGCUUUUCGACCAAUCCGUGGCUAGGCACAGCCGACGGCGGCCGGAAUCGCCAAAUCCGGUGGCGAGGACAGCAAGUGCAGAUCCACUGCUUUUUUGCUGGCCACGGGACGAGGCGGCGCAAAUCCAAGCGAUAGGGGACAGUGGCGGAGCCUACUAAGCGUCCCUCGUGGCGGGCGAACGGCGGCAGGGCCGCAUGCAGGUACCGUGGUUGAGGAGUAAAACCACAUUUUUACUCCUCUAACCGGUUAUAUUUUCAAAAGGGGGUAC